GUCACCUUCAAAUUACUUACCUCCUGGCCAAACUUGGUGUUGAUCUAGUGGGCAUUUGAGAGGCUAUCAAUCCUAAUACGCCGUGCAAUGCCCGCUUCUUUAAAUUCCCUGAAGCCGGUCGUUUUUGCUUAGGCUAUAUGGCAAUCGUAUGACCCACUGCAGACCUCUGAGCAAAGCCUGGAUCAGCGAUCACCCUUUCGCCUCGAUCUUUGAAGACUCCGGCAUAGACUACAUCCUACUUUCCUGCGCCCAAAGACCGCCUUGGACAUUUGGAAAUUUUCUCCUCCGGUUGGAGCAGGAUGUACUGUUUGAUGCCCGUCUCACAGAGAUCAUGGAGCAGUUAAUAGGUGAACUUUAUCAGCCUGCCAAUCAAUCGUCGCCGGAGCGCAUCAACGAGAUUCAGAAACAAAUCCAACGGCUCCAGCGCGAGAAGUCAGCAUGGCAACUAGCCCUGGACCUCCUCCAUCAUGGAGAAGCCACCAUAAGAUUCUAUGGUGCUCUGACCCUGACCAUCAAGAUCAAUGCCGACUGGGACCAUGAUGGCCUGGGCAAGGACGAGUACAUGAGAAAAUCUCUGCUUGGAGCGCUAGUGGGCAAUUAUAUACGUUUAGUGAAUCUACCAGAUUCAAAUUUCGUUCUCCAAAAGCUCGGUUCGACUCUUGUCACCUUUUUUGCGAGGCCGGAUUCAGGCUGGAACCUCCCUUUCAGACAGGUAUUGGCCUCUUUCCUCAGCAGGAACUAUGUCUCUGAAGAGGAUUUACCGGACAUGGAUCAAUUGUUGGAAGCCUGCAACGACUGCUCCAACAAUGAGCUUAAGGGCAUGCUCCUGAUCGCUACAAUUAUGGCGGAGGAUUUGAGCAGUCGCUCUGCCAGCUCUCUCGACGAAGGACGACUCAAUAACCACGUGGCUGCUAACUCUCUGGACGUAUGGCUCCUCUUGAGGUAUUGUGUAAAGCGUGGAAUUGGCCAACAGCAGGCAGAAGCAACGCUGGAGCAAGCACGAUCCCAGUCUGAAGACAUGCUUCAGCUGGUCAUGAAAGCGAUCCCCUAUUGGGCCAGCAUGAGCAAAUACGCAGAGAGCACCCAAGCGCGACGGAGUGAAGGCAUCGCCAGAGACUGCAUCGCGACGACAGUCAACUAUCUUGAAGAAGAAUUCUACACAGGCACAGUGCUUCAAAUGCUCAUCUCCUUGGAGAACUCUUCAGCAAAACUCCUUCGGGAGGCUCUGCCAAACUUCCCCGCUAGCAUUGCUAAUUCUCCCAAGGUAAGGGAAAUGGUGGAUCUCCUUCUUCAGGGCGACUUCGUUUCCGACGGCGUUCUCUAUGUCGACCUGCUCGAGUCCAUCAUGAGCCACAUAGACAUCACCAAACCCGAUUUCCUGCACAACCAUCGGUAUAACGAGGUGGUCCGGACUUUACAACGACUUCUCUCUUGCGACGGGGUGGCCGUCAUUGAGGAUCCUGUGUGCCAGAUUGUCUUGGAGAAGAUUAGUGAAAUUGUCGAGGGCUAUGCUGACUGGGAAGACAUGAAUGAUCCGGCCCAAGGUUUUCUCAAGGGUUUAACGGCCAAUGCAUGCGAGGCUUGUCUCCUUAAGAUCAGAAUUCCCCCUGACGAGAUGUCCAGCGAGACCCAAUCUUGGGACGCUGAUGAUCGAGCGAAAUUUCAAGAUUUUCGGUACGACGUACAAGACUUUUUCCAGUCGGCCUUUCUAGUCCUUGGGAAUGCGUUGAUUGAGGAAAUAGUCAAGAGCAUUCUUGGACAAGGUACAUCCCCGGACUGGAGCACCUUUGAAGCCGGCACCUUCAGUCUUAUUGCAUUCGCCGACACCAUGUCAUCCAGCCCAGAUACAUACGAUGUCCUCAUCACUACGAUCCUGGGCAGCCCAGCAUGGAGCUAUUUCCUUCAGACCGCCGACAAUGUUCCAGAUCAAGCGUUGCGCACUGCUAUUCGAUUCAUCGCUGAAAACGUGACAUACCUUCACCGGCAUCCGGACAGACUGGUCGCAAUCCUGAACUUCCUCUUCUCGUCGCUGCACCUGCAAGCAUCGACGUCUGCCGCCUCACGGGCAAUAUACAAUCUAUGCGAUUCUCACAGACGGAUGCUGAAAGAAGGACUACCUCAGUUCAUGGACUCUUUGGCUUCAAUAGGAGACAUCGGUGAGACCGAGCGACAUCGGAUAUACGCCGCUGUCGCGGCCAUUAUUCAAGCAUUACCGGCCGAAGAAGCCAAAGUCGAGCCGCUGUCACGUCUUCUUGCCCCCAUUGGUCAUGCACUGACAACCCUGGACGGCAACAAUGUCGACAAAGCCGACAUCUUGCGUGGCUGCAUCGACAUCAUGCAGACUCUUGCCUCGAUUGGCAAAGGCCUGCGCUCGCCAGCCGAUGUACCGGUGGACUUGGAAGCCUCAAGCACAGGUUCUUCGGACUUUUGGACAAGCGGUCACGGUGCCUCUGUCCAGCAGAAUGUACUCGCCAUGUACCACGCUACCAUGCAAAAAGUCGGAUCCUAUGUCGACAAUGUAUUUGUUGACGCCUGCUGCGACUUCAUCAAAUCGGGGUUCACCGAAGAGCAUCCGUCGCCCUUUAAGUUUACAGACUCGAUCGGGCUUGAGUUGGUUACACAGUUUAUCAAUCUCGACAACCCAAGCAUCGACAAUACAAUGGCUUGUGCCUCGAGUUUCCUGGCUUCUGUGAGUCCGCAGAAUCUUCAUGCCAGUGUCAGCGGCCUCGUGUAUGCAGUCAUUUCCAAUCAGCAGCACGUUCUGUCCAAGUACCAGGAAACAAAGCAACUCCCAGAUAAUAAUUUUCAGUCUAGUUCACUGGAUUUUCUGAACCGCUUGCUCAGCAAAUGGGCUGCAAUGUGGUUUGAUAUGCAAGACAGCCAAAACACAGCCGCUGUAUCCGUGGAGAUGGGCUUGAUUGUCAUGGCAGACUCUGACACACUUCCGCGCCGUUCAGCAGCAGGAUACUUUGCAGCCUUUGCAGAGGUAAGUGGGCCGGAGAGCGGUUUGGACAGCGAAGCGAAUGCACGGCUCAAGGGCAUGCUCCUAACGUUUGGGCCGCGAAUCCUCUCACUUGUGCUCCGUCUUCUAGGAGGAGAAUGUGCGCGUUCGGAGAUCGACAGCCUGACCGAAACCCUCAAGAGAUUCGUGCAGAAACAAUUCAUGUUGAGCAAAGCGGUGCUCAGAGAAGCGAUCAAGCAGGAAUCUGGUGUCAUGAGCGAUAAGGCCAUCAACGCUACAACGCUAGAACAACGCAACCGGUUUGUGGCACAGGUUGAGGCCCUACGAGGCGCCAGGAAAACGAUUGAUGUUGUGAAGGACUUCUGGAUUGCCUGUAGGGGAAGCGGAUUUGGAUAUAUCGCUUGAUCUUAGGCACCCUGAGUAGACGGGGAGUAGAGUCUUGCGAUAGUGAGUAUCAAGCCGUUGAAAUCCAACGAAAGAUCCAUCUAGGCCGUAAGGAGGAUGGAGGUCCACGAGUACUUGGGGUGUAGUAGUGACAAGCAUUAUACUUAUAUAGACGGAUGGAUGUGGCCCGAUUGGAGGAACAAGAAGCGUUGACC